GCCCAAUGAAACCAUCCACGUCACCGAAUAACAUUCUGUUUAAAUUAGGGUUAACUGUGCUAUCUCUAGCGACAUAACCUCAACCCAUUCUAUUAAUAGAAUCAUAGACAGUAGCACUAACCUAACCACUAUAGGGUCGUCGUCGCCGUCGCCGUUGCCGCUGCCGCACACGUAAUCAAAUUGAACAUAUGCCCCUAAUGCGUUUAUGUUGGUUUAAAUCUUGGCCAGACGCACUCUCUUUCUGUGUUUGCUGGAGUAUUUACCACAAAUUAUCUGAAAUAUGGUGCAAGUGCGGCAUCAAGGAAAACGCUGCCCACUUUAUCAUAUGGGGUGCUCCCACUCGGUGGUCUAUCCGUUCUCACUGUGCGCCGUAUUGUGCGGAGCACCCUGUUUUAGCGAACCCCGUAAAUGGUAUAAAACGUGCAGCAGUCCAGUAGAUUGUCGCAGUUUCUCUCUACAUUUCGCAGUGGACUGUGCUGUAUUGAGAUAUCCAAGUACGAAGGGUAUUGAGCAUUCGACUACCAUGUAUAUGCUAGCUCCAUUUGGGAAAAUGGAAGUUGCCUUCCUGCUAUUGCUGUUGACCGGCUCUUUGGGCGGCAUUGGUGCUGCACCAGUUGAGGCCCCGGAGGUGUGCCUUUUACAAUCGGGAUCUAUGGAAUGCUCACCGGGUAAAUUGAUAUAA